AUGCUGCGAGAAUGGUGUCCAAGUGGUGUGGCUGAUUCAGCCAUAUUUAAAACAUGUAGUAGUUCAGGACAUGAAGUAACACAAAGCUCAAUUAAUAGGGUAACCUUUUGCCGAGAAAACAGUGCGGUUGCGGCUAAUAUGGACAAGUCUGCAAUUCAACUAGCAUCUCAGAUUUCUAGGCUUCUAAAACCAUGGUCAUCUCGGUUCAGUAUGGCGUCUGUUGCCUCUAGAGUAAACAAGUCGUAUUGGCCUCAGAAUUCAGAUUGCUCUGUCUUUGAAAUCUCAAAAUCCUUUCUUCCUGAGGAUGUGCUGUCCAACUAUAAUGGAGCCUUUUGGACACCGUUUGUUAAGGUUCCCUGUUCUAUCACCUCGAUUUCAUUGCCCGCUGAUCAGUUCCUCAACUUUUUGGUUUCCCUUGGCCAUAUGGAUAGCUUUGAAAAGUCUGAUUCGGCUAUCCAAAACCUGCUAUUUUUUCCUUCCUUUUCCCGAAGCAUUUCUUUUGAGGAACUCUAUCCUUAUUUGAAGUGCCACAGUCAUUUAAUUUCCAACGCCCAGCUUCUUUUUUUUUCGGGACUGCGGUUUGACAGUGAUAAUAUUGUUUCCUUUUGCAGCGAUUUGAAACAUUUGACCAGCGUUUCUAUUGAAAGAUGUUCACUGAAAGAUCAAGUGCCUGAACUUUUAAACACAUUGAAGGAUACUUUUAUCGAACAUCUUUCUCUAGAAGGGAAUGAUUUCGGAGGGGUGCAUGAUGAGAUUGAUGACAAUGAAUUUUUUUUGUCUUUGUCGAAUCUUCUCAAAUACAACAAGUUCCUUCGCUCACUGAACCUGUCGUAUAACAAUUUCACUUCUGAAGAUAUUGAGAAUAUAGUGACCGCUUUGUAUGAGUCUGAUACUAUACUUUCCCCUGAGAGCAUCGCUCCUGCGGAGAAAGAUGACACCAAGGUGAAUGAGGAGGACUUGUUGUUGCCUUUUUCAUACCUUUUCCCGCAGGUAUUAAAUGUUGAAAGUGACAGUGAAAGCCUCAGCUUUGCUUUAGAAGAGCAACAAGACGAAGAGGAUUUAUCCAGUGAGGAUGAUAUCGAGAUGAAGGACGAGGGGGUUGAGGAGGAAGACGAGCAGGAGGAGGAAGAGGAAGAGGGCGAGGAAGGGGAUAAUUCACAAAUCAGCGAGGAUGGCGAUAGUCUGGAGGACAGUGACGGCGUUUCCAACCAAAGAAAAGCUACUGAAAAACUUGCGUACAUGAAGAAAAAAAUCGUACAUGAACAACGAUUAUUUUUUGCACAAGAAGAAUCUGGUCGGCAACAGAUUAUCAUAGACUAUUCCAAUUCUUUGAGACAAUUUCUCGACGAGCUGAGGCGACUUUAUGCAAUUUUGGAAACUGAAAAGCAGCAGAAAAUUGAAGCAUAUUGCAAACUGAGAAGUGGCUGGUCUCGCUUAAACUGCCUAAAUUUGCGUGGCAAUAACUUCGGUGAUCGCGGCGCUAGAGCGAUUAAACGAAUACUCAAAGACGAAAUUACAUUAUUAGAUGAAGAAAUGGAUAGUAUUCAGGAUAAGUUGAAGGAAAAAUUUCUAGCAAGCCUGCAGGACCUCCAAAAGAGCAGAAAAUCAACGUUGGUUAGCGAGUUUGCGGAGCGCCGACAUUUGAUGAAUGAGUUUACACGUUUAAAAAGCGCGCUGCUGCUUCCUCCGUUAGCUGAGAAGACUGACGAAGAAGUCAAAAUGAAUGACGACAAUGACAACAAUGAUAAUAAUGCUCUGGAGGUGGUUAUGCUCAAUGCGGAAGACACACUCAGCAAUGAGGAAAGCAGAGAUUUGGAAAUGCUUGAGGAUGAGCUUGCAGAGGAUUUUGACUGGGAAAUGGAAGUUUCGAAUAUUACUAUUCCUGUUUUACCAACCAAGUCUGGUAUGAAUUCCAUAAAGUUCCUUGAUGUGUCAAGUUGUGGUAUCAGCAGCAACGGGCUCAAGGCUAUUGCCUCUUCUUUGGUUCAUAAUAAGGUAUUGACAACCCUAAUUUUGCGCAAUAACGCGAUCGACAGGCCACCAAGGCGAUCCGCCCAGUUUGCCACAAACGCUGAGAUUCAAAAUGCUUCAACAACUGAGGGGUGCGAUUCGUUAGUAGGAUCAGGGUUUAUGGCAUUUGUGGAUAUGUUGCGAAUCAAUCAAAGCUUAACGAAUAUUGAUCUUGGCUACUGCCAGUUACAACGAGAAAGCAUUAUCCACUUAGCAUGUGUCAUUCGAGAAAACAAGGUACUUUCUGCAUUAAAUCUUGAAGGCAACCCUCAAGGGUUUUCACGCAGGGUUGGGGCACGAGAGAACUCUUUACUCACUUUGCUGUGCUCAAUUGAACAGUCUGGUUCUCUGGAUAUUUUGAAUCUUAGCAACAACGAUCUAGACGACUCAUUAUGGGGAGAGGAAAUCUGCGCACUCGCAAACGUUAUCACAAGACUCACUUCACUACACUUGCGUAACGUCGGGCUGAAUGGUGAUCACUUAAUGAGAUUAGUUGCGGCCAUUGGUAGCCGUUCAUGCGCCCUACGCGUGCUCGACUUGGCGCGUAAUCAUUUUAGGAGUGAGGAUGGCCCUCAUAUCGGGUCUUUCAUGAAUUUGUGUAAGGAUAUAACAAAGUUGAACCUGGAUGGAAACACGAAGCUUGACUCUACCAGUUUGUUUUCUGUGCUCGUACCAUUGUCCACCUCCAAUCUUUCUUGGCUGAGCUGCAAUGGAACGGCAUUGAACACAGCCAGUGCCAUUCCUUCCUUGGUCGUACAACAUUUGAACUACCUCAGUUUGUCAGACAUUGAGAUGGAGGAUACCGAAAACCUUGCAACGUGGGUCGCGCUACUCGCAGAACAUGGCAAAAGCAUUCGUUUUUUGUCAUUGUGGAGCCGACAUCUUGACAUGCAGCUGAGUCUUGAUCUUCUCAAAGAGAUGGUUAAGGCUAUGCACUCACUUCUCUACGGUGAUUUCGGUGUCCUGUUCCGUUUCGAUACCAAGAUAGACGAAUGUCACGCCCUGGGGGAGAUGGAGAAUGUUUUUUCCUCAAGGCGAGCUGAACUUAUGUCGACAAAAGUGUAA